AGAACUUAGCAGUUGUCUCGGGUUUCACUUUCCUUUCCUCUUGUUGCUGUUCUCGGGGGUCAGCACAGAAUGGCUUCUCGAGGCCUUCAGAAGCUGGAGGAGAAACUAGAAUGCUGCAUUUGUUUGGAGAUUUUUACCACCCCAGUGACUGUGCCCUGUGGGCAUAGUUUCUGUGAGAAGUGCAUCGAUAGCCACUGGAACAGAAAUGAACAAGAGUCUGUUGUGGGCCAAAUGGUCUACACUUGCCCUGAGUGCCGCAAAAGCUUCCAAGAGAGGCCAGCACUCAGCAAGACUGUUCAGCUUGACAGUCUGGUAGAGCUUCUCACACAGAAAGAAGUGCAGGAAUCUGGGACAGAGCAGACGGCCCCUGCUCAAGUCAGGACAUGCCCAAGGCACAACCGGCCCUUGGAUCUCUACUGUAAGACUGAGAAGCGGGCCAUCUGCUGUGUCUGCUCGGUGAAGGAGUGCCAGCACCACGAGAGGGCCCUCUUUGAAGAUGAGCGGAAAGUGCAAGAAGAAUCUGUGAAAGGAACACUGGUGAAAAUGCGAAAGGAGACAGAAACUCUUAGAGAAGCAAUCCAGAAACUGGAGCAGCAGACAGAUGACAUCAAGGGCUCCUCGGAGAAGCUGAAAUCCGGAGUUUUGCAGAAGUUUACUCAUCUCAUGGAAGCCCUGAAGGAAUACCAAAGGAAGACGGUGGAGAGAAUUGAAAGCGAGCAGGCAGCUGUGCUUGGCCAAAUGGAAGAAAACUGGGAUCAGCUACAGCACCAACUGGAUGCUCUUACUCGGCGCAGCAAGGAGGCUGAAGCUUUGCUGGCCUGCACCAAUGACAUAAAGUUUCUGGAGGAACUACAUCUUCUUCCUCCUCUUGGCAACUUAGAAGUUCCUCCACCAGUUGAAUUUAAUUUGUCCAGCAAUGUGGAUGCCAUCACUGAAUUCUUCAAUGAGGUCUCUGGGCUUUUGCAAGAGGCUCAGUUCAAUUCCUUGAAACCACGAAUGGCUGACACAAAAAUCUCACUGGAGCCAAAGGUGAUUGUAAGGAGGGCUGGACCAUGUCUCCCAGAGAAUGAGUUAAGAAUGCGUUUUUUGAAGGAUCAGCAGAAUUUGACCUUUGAUCCAACCACAGCUAACCAAUACCUGCAGUUCUCUGAUCACAACCGGAAGGCCAAUCACUCUCAACAUUUUCAUGGAACAAGGCUAAACGACCCACAAAGGUUUGAGCCAUGGCAAGUCAUGUGUGUCCAGAACUUCAGCCAGGGCAGUUACUACUGGGAAGUCAAGUUGUCUAGCCAUUCUGCUGUUGUUGGUGUAGCUUAUGAAAGGUUCUCAAGGAAGAAGCCGGCUGGUUGCAGAUUCACCGUUGGGCUGAAUAAGUUCUCCUGGGGCCUGCAUGUCCAAGAAGACUGCUAUAUGGCUUGGCACAAGGCAGAAUCCAUUAAGAUAAAAAAGCCUUUAUGUAAAUUCAUUGGAGUGCGUUUGGAUUAUGACCAAGGAGUCCUAUCCUUUUAUGGCAUUGAUGACAAUAUGGAACCCCUCCACACUUUCAACACUAUCUUCACAGAACCCCUUAUCCCAGUUUUUUGGCUUUGUGAAGGCAUAGCUGUGACCCUCUGUCAAAAGCCACCAGGCCAAGUUAGAAUUGAUGGGAUGUCUCCUGACUUGCAGGCAGCUGCCACCAGCACAGUGGACAAACAAUGAGAUAGCUCUGAAACAAUGAGGGCAAGUCUGUUGAGAUUUCAAAAUACAUGUUUGCGCAGAGCUGUGAAUGUACUUCAUACUAAUCUUUCCCAAUAAGAUGCAAGCUCCCACUUCUCCCAACUGAAAGUGGGGCUAGUGUGCAAGAGGAAUUAAAACUUGGAGAAGAUUUUAAUUUGGCACUUGGGCACAGAACUGUGUCUAUCUGGGCCACUCACUGCUUAGUGUGCACCCCGGUGCAGAAUAUGGCUUCCUGACAAUCUAAGCUCACAUUUAAAAACUAAGCUGGAAGUGAAGGCCCAGAAAGCAGAAUAAGCAAAGUUUUUAAUAUUUCAUCGUAGUUAAGCAACAUUAUAGUGUGGGGGGCGGGGAGAGAAUUGGAAGUGGUCAGAACAAAAUUGAUUGUAAAAAAUUAAUUAAAAAUAUUUUAAAAUGUCAGAA